CUGCUUUCAAAAUGGCUACCGAAUCGCUAAAUCCAGAUUCUUCCCUGUUGAAUCCGAAAUUCGAAGGGUACAAGCUCUCUGCAGACCCGGUUGAAGUCAGUUCUACUAACCUUGUCUCUGAUGUUAAAGUAGUGAACCAAAGAGAUGACUUAUUCUCGUUACAAUACAUUCGUGCCUUUGGUAGCCACAACCAUCUUACCAUAGAUCCUUGGCAGGACUCCACACUUUGUGAACGAGUUUACUUCGUAGAUGAAAAUAAUGAAGUCCAACAAGCUACCGUUAAGGGUAACACCAUAGACACUUUAGAGAGUGUGUUCAAGAUACCAUUAACAGAAGAAUGCAAGGAAAGAUUGAACACUUCAAUAUCCUUUCCUUCAAAAGAAUUCGUAUGUGUAGGGGAUGGCUGUGGAAAGCUGUAUAUCAUCCACUCUGAAGGCAGAACCAAGUGUGGCAGUACAGAAUGGAAGACCUCAUUUGUAUAUGAGUUUGAAGAGCCAUUUGAAAUAAGUCAUGCAAUCCAGGAUGCAGAAACUGGAACACUGAGUUGUCUAAUGCUAAGUAUGAUAGAAAAAGAUGAUGAAAUCUUGGCUAAAAAAGCUCACAUUGUCAAGCUCUCACUUGGAGUGUUUUCUCAGUUGAUGUCUUCAGGGUCAUCUAGUUUCACAUGCGAGGCCAUCAAGCACAUUCAAGGGCAGAGUGCUCCUCUGUAUGCAGUCAUAGAACCAGGAAACAAAGCUGUUAUUGUUGCUUGUGAAAAGACUUUUCACUUGUUAAAAGAUAACAACAACAGUUCAAGCCAAAACAAUGAAAAAACAGAAAUCCAAGAAAAAGAACAAAGUGAUGAGAAGGGCAAGAAUGGUGAAGAUAAUGAAGAUGAGGAAGAGCAACCCACAUAUACAUACACCUGGUUCCAAGAGGGUGACGAAGUCACUGUCAGUUUUGAACUUGCCGAGGGAACAACCAAAGAUGAUGUUGUUUGUGUCAUAAAACCUGAUGAAAUAGAGCUCAGCUUGUUCAGUGGGGAAACUUUGCUUAAAGGCCCACUGUUUGCCAAGGUCAAAGCUGGAGAAAGCACCUGGACGUUGAGUAAAAAUAGUUUAGAAAUUGUUCUAGAAAAGCAAUCAACAGAGCAUCAUUGGAGUAGUGUGGUAGCAGGAGAUACAAAAGGAAAAUAUAUACUCCAGGGAGAAGAAGCAAAAAGAGUGCAGGAAAUCCAUGAAAGACUAGAACACUUGACCUCUGACAAGUUGGUUAGCAGUGAUAAAGCAGAAAGACUACUGUUCAACCAGCAGCAACUAGAAGACUGUGAUGAAUUUCCAGAGGAUAUAGAAUACAUUAUGAGACUGGAUAUAAAUACAGGGACAAUAACGCACAAAGUCUGUCUUGCUGGCCAUCAGUGGGUAUUCAACACAACUCUCAGCCCAGGAAGUCUACCUGUCUUCUGUCUUCGGCAUGAUGUUGAUGCACUGGUUUGGCAGCCUAAAACAAACCUUGACGAUCCUAACAAAUACUGGAGCCACAUUGGAACAUUCGAUGCGCUGGGUUAUGUCCAGGCCUCAAAAGAGGACAGAAGAUUUUCAACUUGUGCACCAAAUAUGAAAUAUGCUGUAAUAACUGACAGCACUAAACAUGUGUAUAUUUAUAACAGACCAGAAAAUGGAGCAAAGGUUUCCAUUCAGAAGGUUGUGACUCUUGAAUCUCCAAGCAACAGCAUACUUGGACUUCAGGCCAGCAACAAGAGAAUCUUUGUUCUCACAUCCAAAUCUCUUCAUGUAAUUUUAGCAAAAAGUUGAUCAAUGUCCAUUCUAAUUUGUUAGCAGAUCAGGAGUCAUUCUUUACAAAACACUUAGUAUGAGAUUUAAAAGAAUUUAGAAUAUAUUAGGGCUUUGUUACACUUGUAUUUUUACAUCAUAUUUCUCAUGUAUAAAACUUUUUGGAAAGGAACUUUCCUUCUUGUCUUUUAAGCUACUUAUAUUGUGACUCACAAAAACAAGGACCACAUUAAUUAUUUGCAUGCUGCUAAACAAGCUUUUACAUGUCUUGUUUGGUAAAACCAGCCAGCUUCACAUCAAAAUGCAUUGGUACAUUAUAGCUGUUUAUAGUUUUGCAUGUUCAGCUGUAACAGAACUGGGCCCAGUUGUUCAAAGCCCGAUUAGUGCUAAUCCUGGUCUUAAUAAGACCUAUAGAGUUAAUCCUGGAUUAGCACUAAUCCAGCUUUGAACAACCCGGCCCUGUGUUUAUCAUGCCAUAACUUUUUUCUAUUACUUAUAUAAAUAAAUUUAUUGUAUGUUAAAAGUUGUAUAGUAAGGUAUUUGUUAAAUAGAGGGUUGAUCCAUCACUUGUAACAUCCAA